ACUUGCAGUUGUGCCUUAACUUUGUGCAAAUCAGAUGUUCUCAUUUGCCCUCUCCGUCCCGUGGAACGUUUCCGCGACCUGCGUCCUGAAGAAGUGUCUGAUCUAUUCCGUACCACGCAACUUGUUGGAAAUGUAGUGGAGCAACACUUUGGUGGAACUUCACUUACCAUUGCAGUUCAGGAUGGUCCUGAAGCCGGACAGACUGUGAAGCAUGUCCAUGUCCACAUACUUCCAAGGAAGGCUGGCGACUUCAGCAGAAAUGACAACAUCUAUGAUGAGCUUCAGCGUCAUGACAAAGAAGAAGAAGAAGAGGAAUCCCCCAGCAAGUGGAGAACUGAGGAGGAAAUGGCAGCAGAAGCAGCUAGCCUCAAGAAGUAUUUUCUUUGAAACCAUAGGUGAUAAAACAUCUUCAGUGAAGUCUGAGGCAGAAGAAAACAAAAAGACAGACCCACUGGUGCAUUCUCUGCUCAACUGAGACUUGUCGCUCAGAAGAUGUCACUGAAUUUCAUAAGACAAGAUCCUUCCAUGGGAUGUUUGAUUGGAGCCACCUAAGUGUUGUUUUGCUUAAAAUAAUUGAUAGCUUGAGUUCCAUACAGAAUGUCUUGAAGUAGUUUUUGCAUUUUCUUAACAUAGUGUUGGGAAGGGACUGUUAAAAUGGUUCCUUGGCCCCAGAUGAAAUAAAGCAUGAAAGAAAAUGUU